GCAUCUCCCCGGCGAGACCGCCACAGCAAUUGCCGCCAAACUGGGCCCUGCUGAUUGUGGCCCGUGGGCCUGUGCAAAGUGACAGCCUGUUCCGUUCCGUCCGUCUCUCUCUUCUCCCACGCCUUCACUCCCUUGGUCUCGGCUCGGCCUUCCUUUCCUAGCGGCGGCGACAGGGCGAGCGGCGCCGCCCGCCAGUUCUUCGUCGGGCGCUUCACCGGCGACGAGCAUCCGACAGGGAUCCGUAAAGCAGUAACAUGGCAACUCUCAAAGAUGCAGCGGCAAGAAAACCAAUUUUAGCAACAAUCCGUCUUAUAGUUCCUGCUGGCACUGCACGCCCCGCACCACCAGUUGGACCAGCUCUGGGUUUCUAUAGGCUUAAUUUGAUGGCAUUCUGCAAAGAUUUCAAUGCCAGGACCCAGAAGUACAAGGCAGAUACUCCGAUGCAAGUUACUUUGACUGCCUACAAGGAUAGUACAUUCGAGUUUGUAGUCAAGUCACCUUCAGUUUCAUGGUUCCUGAAGAAAGCUGCAGGAAUUGAGACUGCCAGCAGUCGCCCAGGCCACAACGCAGUGUCGUCCCUCACUCUUCGCCAUGUGUAUGAGAUUGCAAAACUGAAGCAGUCUGAUCCAUUUUGCAAGCACAUGUCAAUGGAGGCGUUAUGCAAAUCCAUCAUUGGGACGGCUAACUCCAUGGGCAUUGAAAUUGUUAGAGACCUUUGAGUGGGCUGGCAGUCUAAUCUUAAGCACAAUUGUCGGACCAAUUCCAAGCUCAGUUUGCUUUCUCAUCUGUAUGAGUUCGGUUUUAUUUGAUCUGAAUGAAAUAGACAUUUGAUUACUAUAGGAAGUAUAGUGUGCUUCUUCUGUAUCAGCUUCUGUCCGCACCUUCUUUCAGAUGUAGCAACUAAUAUGAUUCUUACAGAGGCUUUUUGCUGAAUAUGUUGUCUGAACCUUAUUGAGUUGCAAACCAUUGCCUUUGCGAAUAUAUUUGCUUCAGAAUUGAGUA